UUUACAAAACAAAAGGUUACAAGCAAAAAGAAUUCCCGAAGAUUUUCAAUGCGGUUGAACUUUCAUCUGUUUUAUUCUUCCAUGACUAAACCGAGCUCGUAAAACUGCGUAUAGGUCCUAAAAGUCUUAUUAUAAAUUAGUCUUAUUUUUUUUACAUUUACCGGUUACCGAUUUUUAUAACAAGCAAAGCAACUUAUAAAAAAAUUUAAAAAACAAACUAUCUGAAAAAGACAAAUAUGGUCAAAGAAUAAUUAAAUGUGGGUUUCUAACAGUAGUUUAUUUCAUAAAACUAAAAAGUUCUUAUGAUAUGAAAAACAACAGAGAAAAUGAAAUGGAGAAAAACGUUAGUAGUUUUUAUAUUACUUUCUCUUCUAUUAGUUUCUUAUGUGAUGCUGAAAGUGGGGUAUUAUCGUAUUAUAUUUUGGUUAAAUGACAACAAGUAUCCAAAUAGAACUUCUCUUGCUUUGCUAACUAUUACUGAUGAAAAACAUGAAGUAUUUGAUGCUAACACAAUAUUACAGAGGGAUGUUCAAAAUGAAGGAGUUGCAUUGGAAGCCAAUAUUAUUAUGCAAAAAGCUAUUAGUUUAUAUCAUGAAGGUGAUAAUGAAAAGGCUAUCAAGCUAUUAAAACAUUGUAAAUCUUUGAGUCCUAGAAAUCCUGAUGUUCUUAAUGCAUAUGGAGAAGUAAUAGAACCACGUGAUAUUAUAGAUGCUGAUCAUCAUUAUGCAUUAGCUCUGGUAAUUUACCCCGGUCAUCUUCGUGCAAAAGAAAACAAAAACAGAUGCUCAUCUAAGGUAAAAGCUAAAGACAUGGAGAUGCUUCAAAGAAUUGAAUCAAAACGUCUUGCGCUAACAGAAAUUCCAGAAGGAAAUGCUGCUUUAAAUAGAGCAAAACUUGAGGCAUAUUAUAGGCAUAUAUAUCAUACAAAUGGCAUCGAAGGUAAUACUUUGACUUUAUCAAUGACAAGAGCUAUUUUAGAAACAGGAAUGGCAGUUGGAGGCAAAAGUAUUUUAGAACAUAAUGAAGUACUUGGAAUGGAUUUGGCACUCAAAUAUAUUAAUGUAACUUUAAUCAAUGAACCUGGUCCAGUUAAUCUUGAACACAUUUUGCAAAUACAUAAAAGAGUAUUAGGUUAUACACACCCUCUUGAUGCUGGAUUAUACAGACAAGAGCAAGUAUAUGUAGGUGAUCACAUCCCCCCGAGCCCUUUGGAUAUGGUGAAAUAUUUAGAUGCAUUUCAAAAAUGGUUGUCGUCAAUUGAUAUUACAUUGUUGCAUCCUAUAGAAAUGGCUGCUCUAUCUCAUUAUAAACUUGUUUAUAUUCAUCCAUUCAUUGAUGGCAAUGGAAGAACAUCAAGAUUGCUUAUGAACUUAUUUCUAAUGCGAGCUGGCUAUCCACCAGUUAUAAUACGUAAAGAACAGAGGUAUGAGUAUUAUGAACUUUUACAAACUGCGAACAUGGGUGAUGUUAGACCAUUUAUACGUUUUGUUGCAAGGUGUACGGAGGAUACUUUAGAUGAAUAUUUAUCUUCUGUAACUGUGCGCCAGUUAAACUCAGACUCUGACUCUUCAGAAAACGGGGCACAAAUCAUGGAAUGUUUCAACCCAUUUAACCAAGCAUCUUCGUUAACACAAGAACAUACCUAUAAUACAAAGUGUGCAAAGCUCACUUAAUUGUUUACUUUUAGUUUUCAGUUUUUAGAUUAUCUUGGACAUUUAACUUAAUGCAUUAUUAACAUUUGGAAUGUUUUAAUUAAACCUAGCCAAAAUUUGAGAGUUUCUCAAAUAAUUUAAAACAGAUUAAAGUAUUUUUUAAAUCUUUUUUAUUUAAAAAAAUGUUGAUAGUUAAAAUAUGAAUACAUUAUUGAAAUUUUAAACCAACUGGAUUGGAUAAUAUGUGAAACCAACUGGAUUGGUUGUAUUUGUGAUCCUUAUUUAUUUGUAAAUGCUUUCUUUUUCUUCUGUUCUUUUAUUGUUUAGGUUUUUUAGGUUUUUUUAAUGAUCAUAAUAAAAAUGAAAUUUGUAUUUGUUGGUUUUUUUGGUCAUUAUUUAUUAUUAUAAUUAUAUAUAUUUAUGUAUUAUUUUUGUUCAAUUUUAUGUGUGUUAGUCUGUAAGUUUACAUGCUAUAUAUAGUAUUUAUUUUACUCCAGUAUAUGAUUGUUAUAUUAUAUAUUUGUAUAAUUAUUCUAAUUUAAGAUUUUGUAAAUGUUUUCUUAGAUUUAUUGAGAUUUUUUGUUAGCAAAAGAUUUAUCUAUAGAAAAUGUUAUUUUCAACUUUUUUGAUAUUUUA